AUGGCAUCCCAUGUUGGACAUCAGUCGAGGUUGGCAUAUAUCGCUAUUUGUGAGAACGAACCAAUCGCUAGAGUGCGGUACAACUGCCUUAUGAGUAUGCUCCAUCCGAUAACUAGGCCGGCUACCAAGGAGGAGCGAGAGAAAAUGGGAAACUGA